UAGUAGUUUUAAAAAUUUUUCUCCUUAAUUUAUGGCGCCUAUUAAACGAAAACCCACUAACAUUAAAAAUUUUAAAAGAAAAGUCCAUAAUAUUUCAACUCAAGUUACACCUCGUGAUUUAGAUGUAACUUUUGAAUUAAUGUGUGACGAUCCUAAAACAUCAUAUGACAUUUAUAAUUAUCAAAUAUUAAAACGCAAAAAACAAAAAUAUCGUAAUCUUCUAUUGGCUGGUGCUGUUGUUAAACUCUCAGCUGAAACACUGCGUCAAUCAGUGCCCUAUAGUGUUGGACCACAAACUAUAUACAAAAACGACAGAAGAUUAUGUUAACAAUCAUUGACGAUUGAGAUGGUGUGGCAAUAAAUACUUGUAAUGACAAUGAUUAUGGAAAACAUUUACAAUGUUGUUGCUGUUGUUGUCGUCGUCGUUAUGUACGGCAUUUCAAUCAUAAAGUAUCUUAAUCUUAAAAAAACAUCGUUAAAAAUCACCAAAGGUGGCGAUAUCUACAUCUAUAUACUUACUAUCGUCGUCAAAUAAAACAUUCACCUCGACCGUUGAUCCACGAUGCAUAAAACAUGGUAUUGUAGAGCAACUGGAGAUAUUCAAAUAUAAUAUGAGAUAUUUAGAACCUGGAAAAGUAAUAAUAAUAAAACUAGUUCUUUUGCAAACACAAAUACAAAGUACGUGAAAUGUCGAUAAUAAAGAAAGUUAUUAUAUCUAUUUUUUCGCAAAUAAAUUGAAAAAAGCGAUAAACAAUUAUUCAUAAACAUUAAUACAAAAUAUAAAUAUUAGCACCAAAAAUAAAACCCUAAAAAACAUAAUUAAUAAUACUUACAAACAGGAGAGAUAAAAAAAUAUAAAGUAUGAGUAACAACAAUAACAACACACGUAAUAUUUACAAUACAACAGCAGGUAGAUCAAGUAAUAGUGUUGGAGGCGGUGGCCAUAGUUCCAGUGACAAUGAUGAAAUGGAAGUGCUGCUUAGUCAAUCCACUGCAUCUCAACAUGCUAUGGGCAAUAGUCAGACAACAAUAAAUAUUGAAAAUGAUAUGAGCCCAGGAACCAGUCAACAACAUCUGCAAAGACAACAACUAUUGCAGCAAUUGAGAAGAGAUGCCGAUGCCACAAGGAUUAAUAUGGACAUGAAUGUUACUCAUCUACAAAGUGCUAAUAGUGUUGACAACUCAAACCUUGAUGAUAGGCAAAGAAUUCCAAAUUUAUUUGCUAUGUUGCGCGAAGCUAGACACCAAUUAAAUCGCUCACAAUCUCUACGAGAUGCUCAUCCCAAUGUUACAACGCCAAAUGGCGAAUAUUCCACAGCUAAUGCACAUCCACGUACUUGGCGUGAAAACUUAUAUGAAGUUCUGUCUUCCCCAGUAACACCACGUUCCGAUGUUUUACGUGCUAUCUUCGCGCCAGUGUCCACAGCUAGUGUACGUUACGACUCUUUACCCACAAACGAUGUAAUACCCGAAGAACAGUUUCAUUUUUUGCUCAAUCGCCAAAAUGCCAACCAGCCUGAAAGCGACUUGCAACCACCUUUUAGAAGUCAUCACAGCAGCAAUGGCUUAGAAACACAGACCUCAUCCUCUUCAUCUGCCUUAAGAUUGUCAAGACAAAAUUCACGUUUAACCGAAGACAGGAGUAUAAAUGAAAAUUCAACAUCUGCCCCCCAAACACCAGCCGUCGAUAUAUCAUUAGAUAGUAAUGGAUCCGGAGGAGGAGGCGGCAGUCGUAGACAAAGUAAUGCUGCCGCCUCGACUGCAAAUGCUGGACGUAUACCACAAAGACAAACAUCCGCUACUGGUAGCACCACAGCUCCUACUAUCGAUAUGAUAGAUGAUGCCGAUACAAAUGCUGUGGGAGAAAUGAUUGUCAAACUUGUUACUCAUUUUGUUCGAUACCUUCCAUUUAUAUUUAUUAUUUUCGUCAAGUUUAUACACGAUCAUCUACUAGGUAUACUUGAUAUUCUACUACUGCAUGGUGUACUAUAUCAACUAAACAAAUCUUUAAAAGAGCAAAUUGCCAAACUCAAUCAAAAAUCAUAUGCCGUGCUUAUACGCGAUAUGAUUUUAGUUGUUUGUGUUGUAACGUAUCGUUUUAUUUUGUCCACCUCCACUCCCGACCCCUUUGGCCUUCUAAUAAAUCCUCCGGGAGCAACUAUAACGUUGGAUUUGUUCUCAGCACAAAAUCCAUCUCCAUCGGCAAACGAAUUAGCAUCGGAAUUGCUUGGUAAACAUCAAAUCGAAGAAGUGCCUGCUUUACCAACAUCUAAUCCUUCGAAUAGUACAAUUUCCGUGGCAAAAACUUUAUCAUUAGGAGCUUUACUGUAUUAUGUUGCUGUAAAUGAUUUGAUAUUAAAACUGUUGACCCAAUUGAUUAAAAUAAUAGUAACUAUGUUGCCAACAAAAGCUAUACGUCACAAGUCUCGAGCCCGUUUAUAUGCUCUGAUUGAAUAUAUAUCUCAAUUCUAUCGGGCAUUAGUACCCAUGAGACAAUGGUUAACAUUUCUAUUUGAAUCCUAUACAGGCUUAGAAGUGAUCUCAGGCAUUCUAUUUUCGGCCUUUUAUAUGGGAGCCAAAGGAUUUGAGUUUGUUGAGCGUGGUAAGCCCUUGAAGAAAGCUUUAAUUAAUUUUGUGCGUAAUAUGGACUAUGAUCGUAAACCGACCAAAGAUGAAUUGGAAGCUGCUGGUACUGUUUGUCCCAUUUGUCAUGACACGUAUACGACACCCGUGGUGCUGGAAUGCGGUCAUAUAUUUUGUGAUGAAUGUGUUAACACUUGGUUUAAGCGUGAACAAACUUGCCCCAUGUGCCGUGCAAAAGUUAGUGAAGAUCCAACCUGGCAAGAUGGUGCCACUACAUAUUUUUAUCAACUAUGUUAAGAGUUUUAAAGAUGAAAUUUUGUCAAAUUGUUUUAUUAACCAUUCGUUAGGUUUUAUAUAACUUUUAUUAUUUAAAUAUAUUCAAAGUUCAUAUGGA